GACUGGUGCAGCCAAUGUAAUGGGAACUCAUAUCGUCUUGCUGUGUCUCGCGGUGAUAGGCUUGAAUUCCGUCACGAAAGUCGAUGCUUUAGUCCGUCAUUACUAUGUAGCAGUCAAGGAGAUAGACUGGGACUUCGCCCCGCUGGGAAAUCAAGUACACAGUCGUCUAGACAGUUAUGCCGCCAAGUACCUCGAUACUUCUGAUCCAAACAGUUUUGGGAAGGUGUUCAAGAAAGCUGUAUACAGGGAAUUCACGGACGAUAGCUUCACCAAAGAAAAACCCCAUUCGAAGCACCUUGGUCUACUGGGUCCGACCCUUCGAGGCCAUAUCUCCGACAUCAUCCGGAUCAAAUUUAAAAACAUGGGCAGUCGAGCCUACACUAUGCAUCCCCACGGCGCCGCCUAUCUGAAAAAACACGAAGGGGCUCUGUAUACUGACGGCACAUCAGGAGAUGACAAACUGGACGACAGGGUGAUGCCUGGAGAAACCAUCACUCUCGACUGGCUGCUGUCAGAUGAGCUUAAGGGUGCUCCUGCCACGGGUGACCCCGACUGUCUUCCCUGGACAUAUCACAGCCAUCUUAACCCCAUUGUCGACGUGCAGUCGGGGCUGAUGGGAAUCUUGGUGAUAUGUAGACCAGGCACCCUGGACGAUGACAACGAACGGCGUGACGUGGACAAGGAGUACAUAUUGCUAUCACACAUCAUAGACGAGUCAGCGAGCUGGUACUUCCAGGAGAAUGUGGCAAGGUUCGCACCACAAGCAGACCAGAAUUCUCCAUCGUUCGCCACCAAGUUCCACACUAUCAACGGCUACAUCUACGGGAACGUCCCCGGCUUGGAGGCUUGCUCUGGUGACAGAGUGGCGUGGUACAUGAUAGGACUGGGCAACGAAGACGAUCUUCACUCCCUGACCAUCAACGGUCAUGUAUUGGAGUAUAAUCAUCACAGAACUGAUGUUAUCGCGCUAUUCGCCGCCAAGUUCUCAGCAGCGUACAUGACGGCGGGAGAUGUGGGAAAGUGGAUUAUCAAAUGUCAAACGGCUGAUCAUCAUCUUGAGGGAGAGCAGGCGUUCCUUCACGUGAGCCCCUCGUGCGGUAAACCCCCUCCUUACGACUUUCUGGGUGGCCAUACCCGGACUUAUUACAUCGCAGCGGUGGAGAAGCGAUGGAGUUACGACGGGGGUUCCGGAUUGAACGGAUACGAACGUGGAUUAGCUUUCCUCAAAGACCCAAGCCAAGAAUCCAGCAAAUACUUUACAAAAAAUUCAAACCGCAUAGGCGGUACGUACUGGAAGAUCGUAUAUGAAGAGCAUACAGACGACAAAUUUACGACGGUAAAACGAAGACCACUGUCCAAAUACCAUUAUGGUCUUCUUGGCCCCGAGAUUGCUGCCCAGACAGGAGACACUAUUAAGGUUGUUUUCAAAAACCUUGCGCCCAGCUCGGGAAGACGAUUUUCCAUUCAUCCCCGUGGAGUGAAGUACGACAAAGAAAACGAGGGAGAGGAUUACAAUGACGGCACACCAGACGGUGGAGUGGGCUAUCAACAAACCCGCACCUACACGUGGACCGUGCCUGAGUCCUACGCACCGGAGCGCGCAGAUUCAAAAUGUAUCACAUAUAUGUAUCACUCCGCCAUUGACCCAGUUAGAGAUGUGUUCUCAGGUCUGAUUGGUCCGUUGGUUGUUUGCAGACGAGGAGAAUUGGCAAGGCGAGGCAUGGAGUUCACUCUGCUCUUCGCCAAUUUCAACGAAAACCUGUCAUGGUUACUGGAGAAGAACAUCUUGGAGUUUGCCUCCUCCUCUGCAUCGAGCUCGCCCGGAUUUGAGGAAUCAAAUAUCAUGAGCAGCAUCAACGGAUAUUCGUAUGGCAACCUGCCUAAACCAACAAUGUGUUUAGGAGAUCAAGUGACAUGGCGUCUGCUUGCCAUAGGAAACGUCAUUGACAUGCAUAUCCCUACCUUCAGUGGCAACACGUUCACGAGAUUUGACGGGAAUACGCGAGACGCCGUGUCCCUGUUUCCCGGUACAACAGAGACAAUCUCUAUGAAAACUGUAAAUAAAGGAAUAUGGAGUCUGAUAGACGCUAGCGAUGACAACAAUGUGGCCGGAAUGGUGGCGCUCUACAAAGUGGAUCAGUGUCAUUUCUUCCUUAAGCAUCCUCUUGCACACUCGGAGAAAGGCAUCACUCGUACGUACUAUAUAGCCGUGGUGGAGAGAAUGUGGGAGUAUGCGCCAUGGAGAUUUGACCUGAUUCUCGGAAAAAGUAUCACAGACCCUUCCAGUACGAUGUACGUGUUUGCUCGUACUGAUUGGCCAUUCCUUGGUACCCGGUAUAAAAAAGCUUUGUACAGAGAGUACACGGACGCCACCUUCACCGUGGAAAAGACUCGAAGUCCCGAGGAAGAACACCUUGCUAUCAUGGGGCCUUUCAUAAAAGCAGAGGUCACAGAUACCAUCAAGGUCGUAUUUAAAAACAUGGCAUCGCGCCCGUACUCAAUUCACCCCAACCUUGUGAUGUAUUCCAAGGAAGACGAAGGCCACGCCUACAAAGAUGGGGUCAAUGUAACAGCGGGAGUGCCCCCUGGUGGCAUAAAAACUUACACAUGGGAAGUACCGAAAUCCUCUGGUCCUGGCAAAAACGACCCAAACUGUAUCAGCUCUGCCUACCGUUCUGCUGUUAACUUGGAGAAAGACUUGGCAUCCGGUAUGGUUGGACCUAUGGCUCUUUGCAGGAAAGGUACACUCUCCGAAAACAAGCGUCGCGAUGUGGAGAAAGAAAUCGCUACAUUAUGGACCAUAUUCGAUGAGAACGAUAGUUGGUAUCUUGACGAAAAUAUCAUGAGUCAUCCACAGUAUCCCGGUUUUUUGCCAGACAAGACUGACGCAGAAUUCCUAGAAAGCAACAGAUUCCAUCCUAUCAACGGGCUUAUCACGGCCAGAGACCCAGGGUUUAAUAUGAAGGAAUGCGACCUCGUGGCCUGGUAUUUCAUUAGCUUCGGGGGUCGCGUGGAUAUCCACACGGUGCACUUUCACGCGAACUCGUACAUCUGGAACACGGAGAGCGCACACAGAGGAGAUACGCUUGAGGUAUUCCCCGGUAUAUUUGAAGUUGCCACAAUGUUGGCAGACGACCCGGGCUCAUGGUUGAUGCACUGUCACGUGGACGACCACGUGGGCGCUGGCAUGAUUACUGAGUAUUUAGUCGAGAAGUCAGAAGAUCCUGUGCAAUGCUCCAGUGUGGACGAUGAGGAUGCAUAACCAGACCAUUACAGCAACGAGGGCCUUUUUAACAAAAACAUUCGUCCGAAAAUUUGUGGAAGCUUUCAGAUGAAAAACAAUGAUAGAAUUCGAUUCAAGAUUAGUUCAUAGUAAUUUAAGGGAAUAAAGCAAAUGUAACCAUGCAGUAUUAGUUCAUUUAAAUUAAAAUUGGACUGGGCUGAUUUAACGUGGAAUACAAUAGAGUUAAAUGAACAAACCAUUAACGACCUAGUUUUUUUGUGAAACAAGCAAUUCAUCCGGGGCUCCGGAGGCCAGAGGGACAGUUCCCUAUCCACACCCCCUCAAUCAAAAUAGAGAAGUAAUAUCUGAUACAGCUGGGCAUGCGUAUGAAGUCGUAUCAAUAAUGUUAUCUUGCUUGAGGUCAGAAACUAAGGAUAUGCAUGCACAUAUAUUUAUAUAACAUAAUAAUAUGGUUAAUUAUCACAAAAAUGUCUACUCCGUGUUUAUCAGUUUAAAUGAAGGUAGUUUAUUUAGUUGACAUGGGCUUUUCAGCUCUGAAUACAAUACAGGUACGUGGAUUGGAACCGCGCGUACCUUAUUAUAAUUUAUAAAUAAAACGAUUAAAUUCUUG